CGAGUCACCAGGUAUGACAGCGGGCACUGGGUCACCAGGCAAUCAGGUCAUUUGGCUUGCCAGCGGGCACCGCGUCAUCUGGCAAGGCAGUGGGCACCGGGUCACCAGGUAUGACAGCGGGCUCUGAGUCAAUUGGCACGAACAGCGGGCACUGGAUCAGGUACCGGAUCAUCUGGAUCAACAGCGGGCAUCGAGUCAACUGGCCUAAUAGGAUCGUCGGGCUGGAUCAGUUCAUCAUGCUGAGUAGCGGCAUCAGGCUGAAGAGAGGCAUCCGGCUGAAGAGAGGCAUCCGGCUGAAGAGAGGCAUCAGGCUGAAGAGAGGCAUCAGGCUGAAGAGAGGCAUCAGGCUGAAGAGAGGCAUCAGGCUGAAGAGAGGCAUCAGGCUGAAGAGAGGCAUCAGGCUGAAGAGAGGCUUCCGGCUGAGUAGAGGCUUUCCGGCUGAGUAGAGGCUUCCGGCUGAGUAGAAGAGGCUUUCAGGCUGAAUCACGGAAGGCAGGUUUACUGGUUUGGAUACUGGCAGGAUGCACUGCAAGUAAACGCAGGUCUGCAAAGGAAUGGAGCAGCUGGAGACAGAGAAAAACUGGAGGAUGGAACAGGAGAGGGAGCAGUUGCUACAGAGGGCUUUUUUUACAUGGUUAAAGGCAGGAUAGGUGCAGCGAGUGGGAACAGGGUACUGACAUGCGGUAGAUAGCCAAGAGCUGGUGGGAAUACAGGAGUAGAGUUAGAAGAAGCAGGACUGGGUUUUUGUAAGCUGACUGAGGCUGGGUGCAACAAGUCUGUCCAUG